GGAGUCGGGAGUCUGGGCUGGGAUUUCACAGGGAAAGCCCAGCGGUGGCAGCUGCGGCGGAUCCCCCGCCACUGCCCGCCGCGCACCCGGCCAGCCCAGGGCUGGCGAGCAGCUCCGCAAAGUCGAGGAGAGAAAGGAGGCGGAAAGCCCUCAAAGUGGUCGGGCUCAGCGCCGCUGCUGGGCUGGGCGAGGUGUGCUCAGGGAGCCUGGAUCCCGGGGCCCUGGUGCCUCUCAUGAAACAGCCAGUGUACCGGGAGGCAAGCUAAAGCUCUGGAAAGAGAAAUCAAAUUGCAGCCUCCCCAAAGACGCUAAGUUACGCAGGCCAGUUCCCAGAGAGCGCCCGCGAGCGCGCUGAGAGCUGAGCCGCAGAGCCCUCCCCGGGCUAGCCGGCCGGGAGCCGGGCGCCUUCCGAGAGGCGGAGGCCCCUGUGCACGCGGUCCGACCCAGAGUGCGCCCCGGUACAGAGAGGGGGCGUGCAAGGCUACGACUUGGGCGCCCCCUCCGUCCCACUCCGGGAGCGAUGCCCCCCGCCCCUCGCGCCCCCCGGGAACGCCGCGAGCAUGGAGAAGUCGAGUAGCGAGGAUUCUUCGAUCCACCGGAGUCCAUCUUUGGACAGCAAGGACUCGGACUUUACCAAACCGUCCACCUCGGGCCGCCCGUUCGGCCGCGGUUUCACUGCCGGCGCCUUCUACGGCACCGCGGGCUCCCGGGGCCAGAGCCGCGCCGAGGCUGGCGUCAAGACUGACAAGUACAAUGCUCCCAAAGGCAGCAAGUACGUGGUGUUUUACCUGGACCUGUCCUUUGUUUUCCUCCUAGAAUUUAAGAAGUGCAACAUGGCCAGGGGCUGCCUCUGCUGCUUGAAGUACAUGAUGUUCCUCUUCAAUUUGAUAUUCUGGCUCUGUGGCUGUGGGCUGCUUGGAGUGGGCAUUUGGCUCUCCGUGUCCCAAGGCAACUUUGCCACCUUCUCCCCCAGCUUUCCCUCGCUGUCCGCAGCCAACCUCGUCAUUGCCAUGGGCACCAUUGUCAUGGUGACGGGCUUCCUUGGCUGUCUGGGGGCCAUCAAGGAAAACAAGUGCCUCCUCCUCAGUUUUUUCAUCGUCCUGUUGAUCAUCCUCCUAGCAGAGCUGAUCUUACUUAUCCUCUUCUUCGUCUACAUGGACAAGGUAAAUGAGAACGCCAAGAAGGACCUGAAGGAAGGCCUCCUGCUGUACAACACAGAGAACAACGUGGGGCUGAAGAAUGCUUGGAAUAUCAUCCAGGCCGAGAUGCGCUGCUGUGGCGUCACCGACUACACAGACUGGUACCCGGUGCUGGGCGAGAAUACGGUCCCCGACCGGUGCUGCAUGGAGAACUCCCAGGGCUGUGGACGCAACAGUACCACCCCCCUGUGGCGAACGGGCUGCUAUGAGAAGGUGAAGAUGUGGUUUGAUGACAACAAGCAUGUGCUUGGCACGGUGGGAAUGUGCGUCCUUAUCAUGCAGAUUCUGGGCAUGGCCUUCUCUAUGACCCUCUUCCAGCACAUCCACCGGACUGGGAAAAAGUAUGAUGCCUGAGCGUCUGACGGGAGUCCCAGCCCCCACGUGGACACUGUGCCAGAGAAGAAGAUUUGAGCUUUGUGUUGCCUGCCCGCACUCCAGACUGCUGACCCCUGCUCCCCCACCCCCAGCCGUCCUCCCCACCCACCCUGCCUCAGCCUUUUUGGGGUGGAGGGCCAGGGAGGAGGAGGCGCGGAGACCUUGGGGGUGCUGGGGCGCCUGGAUUCCUGCAUCUGUGUAUUUGCCAAAGAAGACAGGGUGGGCCAGGGGAUAUGAUCCAGGAGGCCCCAGCACUGAUGGCAUUGACCCUGCCCUUCCCCACGUGGGGGUGCAGCAGACUGCUCCCUCCUGAUGGAGAGACUGCCCAGCGGAGGCCACCCUGUGUGAGAGUGGGAGAGACCGCCUCUGGCCAAGCCCCAGGGAGCACCUUGCCCAGGCUUUUUAUACCUUACAGUGUAACUUUUUUAUUUUAUUUUACUCUGAUUAUGAUUAUUCAGGAAUAUUAUCUCAGAUAAGUUUAGGGUUAGCUUUCUGAUUUAUAACUUUUUACUGCUUUGAUUUCUGUAACGGUUUGAUUUUUUUUGUUUUUCCUGAGGGUGGGAGAUGGGUGGGGAGAGAGGAUGUCUGUGGGUUUCAAUCAGGACAAACCACUGUGCAAUCCUCAGGAGGCUCUCGGGUGGGGUGCGCCGGCCAGCAUUUGGGUAGCACUGAAAGGAGGGCCUGGCCAGGACUGCUGUCCGUGGCCCAGUGUCUGUGGCCCAGAAGCCUGAAAGAGGAGGUGAAAUGGAGGCGCAGGAAGCAAUGUGGGGGAUGCCUGCAUGGGAGCAGCGUGUUUGCUAAUAGUGCUGGUGCAAGAGGCCAGAGCAUGGGGGCUCCUGAGGGCUGGCGAAGUGCUCUGCCAGGAACAUGGCUGAAGCCGUCGUGGGUCCUUACACUUCACUGAUGAGCAGUUGUUUUUCCUUCCUUCCUCCUUCCUCCUGCUGCUGCUGGAACGGAGGCUCCCCCCUGCCACCCCAUCCCUCCCCCACGCGGGCCUUCCCGCAUCAGGUUCUGCAAACCCCAGCGAUUUCACAGACAUUCCUGCUAGAAACUCUCGGACACAUACCUCUCUAGUUCAGCUGCUGCUCACUUUCUCACAUUGCUUCUGGAAGGGGACGCAGUCCUUACAUGUUGCUGCUCAGACAGUGGCAGAGGACCCAUGACAGUCAGGAGAGGCAGGUAGAAAUGGUGCCCUUGAUCAUUCCAGCCCGAUUCACCAGGCUGCUGAUUCCCAGCUGGGAGGGAGGGAGAGAUGUCCAUCCGGGUCCCAGGACCCUCCUCUCCUUCCUCGGGGGCUCAUUGAUGCUGGGGUGGGUGACAGUCAUGUCCGUCCUCUAGGACCCCAAGGAAAAGUGCAUAAAACCGAGACAGGUCAGAUUGGAUCCUGUUAAGUAGCCCAGGAUGAAAGCAGGGUGAGUUAGGACCUGGGAGGUGAGCAGUCGGGUAGGGCAUUUGACUGUAGCGGGGCACCCCACCAGAACUUCUGCUGGUCUAAGCUAGCGUUUUGCAGUUAAAGAAAAAAGUCAAGAAUCCAUGGGAUGAAGCUUGAAACGUUUCCCCACAAGCUAGCUAGGAUCCGAUGCACUUCUGCAGGUGGGGCCUUGCAUGGGGAGGCUGCCUUUUUUUAACACUAUUUGACUCUGAUACCUUGGCUUCCCACUGGGCCCGCGUCUCCUUUCCAGCCUCUACCUAUCUGUUCCAAGAGCUGAGACCUGGCCAUGCAGCCAGCAACUCCUCUGCUCACCUUAAAUGCAGUGCAGUGGGGACUAGAGCACAGAACCUUUGGUGAGCUCAGGAUUCUCGUUUUUGCAGGAUAAGGAGUAGAGAGUAGGGUGGCCUCAGUGGGCUGGGCAGAGUGAAGUUGCCUUCCUGGAAUGGGAGCACUGGUGCUGAUGUGAAAGCUGGGAAGGUGGGGCCUUGGGUGGAGGAUGGGCGAGCAAACACACGAGCAGAACUGCCUUCUGGGUCCUUUGGCCCAUCUUCCUGGUAAGGCGCUUCAGCCAACCUCCCCGGGAACCCUAACCUGCAGAGCUCAGAGCAGACAGACUUGCCACCACCAUGCCACUGAGGAGAGACACUCAGCAAACAAGCAUUCAAGGCGCACAGUGGGACCUAGCGCAUAAUGAGUUUAUGCUGGGGGUGGGGGUGGGGCGGGUUUGUUUAUGCCUAUCAAUGCAAUUUUUAAUUUUUGUUAAAAUCCGCAGCAAAAGCCUAGCACCUUGGGGGGUGUGCAGCCUCCCCGGAGCUUCAGGGGCAUCCUCUGGCCCUGGAGCCCUUGCCACAGUCCGCCCUCCUGCCAGUCCCCCACCUCAUCCAUCUGUUCACAGAGCCUUGUCCACAGUUCCCAAACUGCCUUUUUGCCUCCCCUUCUGCUUGAUUGUUCCGUCAUCUGGUGGAGUCUACACUGGGUGGAAAGCGCCGUGCAUGGGCCAGGGAUGCUCUUUCAAGCCCCUUGCCUGGCCUGCAAAGUGGCCUCCACUCUGCACAGAAGGCUUCACUUGUGGCUUUCCUCACCAAAGUCAGAGUUAGUUUAAUCAGGUCUGAUGUGGGCAGUUUAUAGACUUGACUCAGAAGGUCAAGGUCCUGUAGACGACUUCAAGGGAAUGCCUGCCAUGGCCUCUCUCUCUGCAGCCAUUGCAGGGGAGGUAGGUGAGCAGGGGCUGACAACUGCUUCCGGGGGGCUGCAGCAGGUGUCGGGGCACAAGUCUCUACCUGCACCCCCAGCUGGAGCACUGUCACCCCUGUCCCCGAGGCAUGGGCCUGCAUCUUGGGCUCUCUCUGGAAAGGCUGCUGAGCCCACCCCAGAUGCUCACGCAGAUAUUCCUGUCUGACUUGGAAUGAGGUCGCCAUCCCUCCUUGCUUUAGUGGCCAAAGAGCAGUCUAGAUGGAUGGAAAUGACUGUCCCGGCUCUCCGGCCCCCUGCCCACCCACUGGUGGAGGUGCUAACUAGCAGGGACCUGGCGCAGGAGGGGAGCUGGGGCCACGUGUGUGGGGUCUGCUCUUCGUCCCUCGGCCCUUCAGCAGCCAGCCUCUCAUGUUCCUGCUCUCCCGUUGCCCUCCUGCCUCCCCAGUGAGGCGGUAGUCAGGGCAGGGCCUGGCCUCCCUCCCUGAAAGGGUGCUCUGAGGACGAGGCCUUGGGGCUGGUGUGCACACCUUGUCCAGCCCCGAGGGCAGCCUGGGAGGGCAGGGAGCACCCCCUGAUGGUUUCAAAUGCACUUUUCUGCUUGCAAUACCAUAUCUGCAUUUCCUUCAUCCUGGUCCUGGCUUUAUUGAACGCCAUGUUUUUAGCAUGUUUUUAAAUAAAAACUGAUAAUGUGUCAAAAGCACAAGCA